UUGAUUGUGAGAGAGUGGGUUUGAACCUUUUUAUUCCUAAAAGCAAAGCAGGAAAACAUUAUAGCCGUGCUGUAUUGAAGGAGACGCGACGCAUAGACAUGGCAGUUUUCUUUAUUCGUUUUACAGUUUUAGCUUUGGGCAUUGUGAGUGUUAUUGGGUCAAUGCAGUUUAGGGCGUUGCCAGAUGUGCGGAUGAUUCAAGGCGUGCCUUUGCAAAGUAAUCUGAGGCUUACAGAAUCACGGUGUUGCUUAAUUUGCGCAAAAGACGAAAACUGCACGUCUGUUAACUACAACGACGUUACGUCAGUUUGUGAGAUAAAUUCGAUUAAAAUGAUGUCCCAGGAGUUCCGCCUUCAGCAGGCUACAGGAUGGAAAGUGUUUGAAAAGCUUCCAUGCGGACUUGGUCACAUGACUGGAGCACACUGCCACCACAUCCAAAACUUGUUUCAAACAGAUAACGUCCUUACCUAUCAAGAGGCAUUGGAUUUUUGUCACGCUCUUGGUUUAAACUUGGCAACACUUGAAACUGAUCAGGAGAUAACAGACUUGUUAUCUGAUGCAGCAAUGGCAGAGAUGUAUAUAAAUGCAUACAUAUGGCUUGGUGUCAAAGAAGAAAACAAUUGCCUGUGCUUCAGGAGAGAGUAUGAGGAUUCCAUAUUUCGGAGUUGCGACUUAAAUGCCGCUGUUGUUUGUGAAAGUCGAAACAUAGAGUAAAUAUUUCUAUCACUGUUCCGUAAACGAUGUCGCUCACUACAGACCUGGAGCGGCCGUUCUGCGCAUGACAGGAAGUGGUCAUCAUUGGAGCGCACGACAAAAAUACGCAAAUUAUUGCGUGUCCGCACGCUUUUAGUGUUUAAUUUGUAUGUUAUGAUGACUUUGGGUUAGGUUUAGAUUUACCAUAGUUACAAAACAUUUACAUUAAAGAUACUCUUCAUUCCAAUCCCUUGAAUCCGGUAUAUACCGGAGUCUGGAAUAUAUUGCAGGCACUGAAGGUCUGUUUCCGUAUAGCGGCUUUUUUCACAAAGAUACACUAUUCGUCAUUCUAAAAAAUUAUGGUGAUAGUAUUAUUUUCAAAAACAAUUAAAAUCUCUGUAAGAAUGCCGAUGUUAUGGCCAAAAAUGUUUUUUUCCCGUUGUAAAAAUGGGACAGAAUCACAAUUUCGGAAAAUGAUUUUAGAAUUUAAAACAAUUAUGUUGAAUGAAAAUGUUGCUUCAGUAAUCUUACACAGUGACUGUAGAACUAAAAUAUGGUCUAAACUUUACUAAAUACCUCAAAGAUUGUGUAUAUUUCUACAAUAAUGCAAUGAAGAUAUCCGAUCCAACAAUAGAUAACAUUUCGAUGCCUUUUUUUUUGUAACAUUUGAAGGAGUUGUGACUGCUGAACAAGAAUUAGUAAAUAAGUUGACCAUAAUAAAACGCACAAAUCACUACACUCAUGUCUUUUGACAGCAAAAUUUUAAAUCUGACACUUUAGUUACCGGAUUUCUGUUAAAAAUCAUUAAAAACUAUAGAUUCAAAAAAAAUCUAUCUAUUUUUGUCAAAUGAUUUAUAUAUCCUUUUUCAAUAGAGAAUACACUUUAAAUUGAUACAAAAAUAUAUGAGCAUACCAGGAAAUGAUAUUUGACAAGUGUUAAUUUGAAUGCUAUAUAGAACUUGCUUAUUUGUGGAUCGGAUACCUUGAGCACAUUGUCUUGACCUAAUAUAUGCCAUUGUAAAUAUGUAGCUAGAUACUUGUAUCAUGCAAUUUAUAUAUACAUAUUCUGUAGUUAUAAUCAUGAAAAGACAUUAAAAUAAAGUUAUUCUGUGAUGGAUC